AUGGCGGUGGAGUCCCGGAGCCUCCUGGAGAGAAUCUCCGCCCGGAUAGGGGAAGCCAGGCCGGGUACACGGAACCCUGUUGGGGGCGGGCCGGUGCAGGGCGUGCUGAGCCCGGACUAUGACGGUGAUGACAGUCCGCGGCUGCCGCCGUGUUCUCUGGAUCUCUCCGAUUCCGAGGAGGAGAAAUCUUCCCAACAAUCCGGAUGCAAUCAGAAGAAGUCCCCCGCGUGGAGGAGAGAGCCGGGUAAUACCCCCAUCAUCCUCUCUCCACUAUACGGAAAAAAUAAACAUUUUAGUUUUCCUGAAGAGAAACCGAGGUCCUCUGUGAAAAUUUCGGAUUCCAGCGAUGAAGACUUUGAGAAUUUUUUAAUCCAACUGAAGACGCCGAAACAACCGAAGAGCAAAACUCAGGACAAGCAAAGCGGAAGUAUAAAGAGCUUUAUUGUUGAGUCUGAGGAUGAGGAUGACUUUGAUUCCAUGUUCUCGAAGGCUGGGAAAGGAUCUGAACGCCGGAACGGUAAAUGUGAAGUUCCAAUGAUGGAAUUCUCCGUGGUUUUACCUUGUCCUGCGUCUUCUCUGUCCUGCGUCUUCUCUGUCCUGCGUCUUCUCUGUCCUGCGUCUUCUCUGUCCUGCGUCUUCUCUGUCCUGCGUCUUCUCUGUCCUGCUAUAAAGAGCUUUAUUGUUGAGUCUGAGGAUGAGGAUGACUUUGAUUCCAUGUUCUCGAAGGCUGGGAAAGGAUCUGAACGCCGGAACGGAACGAAGACCUCCGUCUUGGUGCCUUCCAUCUCUCAGAAGCCAUCGGGGUCCUGGCAGCGGAAUGACUCUCCUGUCUUUAUAAGUGACAGUGAUGAGGACUCCAUCGUGAUAAGAAGCACCUGGUCCAAUAGACACGCAAAGAACCGAAAUCCGAAGGAUAAAGGUCAAAGGGCAAGUUCUGCGCCCAAGAAAGUCCCGGAGAUCCACCCGGAGCCUCCCAACACCCAAUCCUCCGGAGGACCAGAGAGACCCAUCCGGCCGGAGCCGGCGCUGUGCACGCCCGUCAGCUCUGACGACGAGUUUGAGUGUCUGAUGGACCGCAUUAAAAACCGCGCAAAGAACCAAACGCCGGGGUCAACCGCGAGGAAAGGGAACCCCAAAACUUUCCUGGCAGAACCGCUGAAGGCGCCGUGUUUGGAUCUAACGAACAAGAAGAGUGACGCAAAGCCGAGGCCUCAGUCGUGUUCAGACGUCUUUAAGAGCCCGCACGUCAUCCCCGAUAAAGCCGUGAAGAAACAUUUUGAUGAUGUGGAGACGUCGCGUCCAGGGAACACGGGAGUUCCGUGUAAAGUGAAGGACUGUUUCCUGAACAAUCUUUCUCACCCAACAUCCGGCUAUGUGAAGGAAUUCAAACAGAAGAAAGUUGAUCUGACGCGCAGACUCUACAGUCUUUACAACCGCACGAUCUUUGAUGAGAAGCUCCCCAGCAACCUGGAAAUUCUGUGGAAUAAGAAGAUGAGGAAGACGGCCGGGUAUUGUGUGACGGGACAGACGAAGCUCCCCACCGUGCAGCGCUACGCCCGGAUAGAACUGUCCGAGAAGGUCUGUGACUCUGCAGAUCGCCUCCGAGACACGCUAAUUCAUGAGAUCUGUCAUGCUGCCACGUGGCUCAUUAACGGCGUCAGAGACGGACACGGUCAGUACUGGAGGUUCUAUGCCAGGAAAGCCACCGUCGUCCACCCCGAAUUACCGAUGGUCACCCGAUGUCACACCUACGAGAUCAACUACAAGUUCACCUACGAAUGUUCCCGCUGUAAGAACACGAUCGGCCGUCACUCCAAGUCUCUGGACACGGAAAGAUUCGUCUGCGCCCUAUGUAAAGGUAAACUGGUCCUGCAGGCGGCGACGCGGAAGGACGGCUCUCCGGCCACCACCCAGCUCACGCCGUUCGCCAAGUUUGUCAAGGAGAAUUAUGGAUCGGCCAAGAAGGAGAUGAUCGGAAUGAGUCACGCCGAAGUCAUGCGCAAACUCAGCACCAAUUUCUCUACAAAGACGAAGAUUUCUGAUUAA